GUUGAUCGUAAUUACAUGUUUAUUCAGGGUUUGCUAUCAAAGUAGUUAUCUGCUGUCAAAUUGCACCACGAGUGUCUCAUUUGUACACGAAGCCGCGUCGGGUGCACAUAUGAGCGCGCUCGUACAAACACACCUGCACCAUCCCACAUGCAAUUCCAUUUGGGCAACACACCAAGUGCAAGUCGAUUCUCAUUUCCAUGUCGGACCUAAUCGUGUUACGUACUAGUUGCCGAGUGUAAUAAUUUAAGAAAAACGAAAUUUCCAAGAAUCUACUGUGGCGGACGAAUGAUAAUCGAGCAGAUAAUUCGCUGCGGUGGAUAAUAUUAAUUAAUUCAAUUGUAAUUAAGUGCGUCUAAAUCAACAUUAACUUAAGUGUUAAAUCAUUGACAACUCCACAUUCCAGGGUGCAAGAACGAUAACUCUUAUUCAAACCUCGUUAAAAAGAUCCUAUAUAUCUUAUAUCAUACUGACGAUUGCUGACGAUACGAGUUAAUUAACACUGCAUCUCAUACAUACGCACAUAUGCAAUAUCUCGUAUGAGAUGGUCGAUAUUUUUAAUCCCUACAUACGUGCGGUUGUUUAUUGACUUUAUAACUUUUAAAAUUAUUAUGCAUAAAGACUGCGUUAUUGAAUUGUGACAAUUACUUUGAUAAUGAACCAUCAUGAAAGUGAAUUUAAUGUUCGGUGUUUUAUCACUCAUCGUUAUUCCGGUGUUAACUGACAGGAAGAAUAUUAUGAAGAAACCCCAGGCGGAGUCCUGGAUUUCAACGGAAAAUUUUACGACACUGGUGAAGAAGUCGUUUCUUUACUCCAAGUGCUGUAAUAUUUUUUUAAGUGAAUCAGUUUACGACGUGGAAGUAUUAUUCCAUCAAUUUAUCAAUAUUUAUCCGCACGAGUAUAUUCUACACAAAAUAAUCUACGACUGUCAAGGAUAUUUCUUGUUGGGGCCAACAGAUAAGGAAAUAGAAAAGGCUAUGCGAGUAGUACCUUCUUCCAUUUCAACGACGGAAAUUCUUGUUAUCAUCAAUGGUGACUUGAAGAAUACUUCGAAACUUUUUAAUGUAUCUUUAUACGGAAAUUCCAAUGCAAAUAUUGUAUCCAGAUCUGGAAUUUGGACUUUAUCAGAAAACUACUUAGAACCUAGAUUCUUUCUAAAAGUAAAUAGUUACGACGAUCUGAUGUCUGAGUUCAACAUGAUUAAUCUGAGAGGUAGAGAACUGAAAGUAUGUACCUUUUAUCAGCCACCCUUUUCCUACCUUAAGGAAACAACCACAAAAAUAAUUAACGGCGUCGAGACGGAGGUUUUUCUGGCAGAUAAUGAUAAUGAAAAGGAUGGAAUAGAAGUGAAAAUGUUUCUGGUCAUGGCGGAGAAGUUGAAUUUCACUUGGACAAUACGAAAGUUAGAAGGAAAUUACCGAUAUGGCCGACGCGUAAAUGGUACGAGUUGGAGUGGUGGAGUCAUCCAACUGAUACGAGAGAAAAAGGUUGACCUAGCAUUUGGGAGUAUCUGGCUGACGCAGAAUCACAACGAAUUCGUGAAUAUGUCCAUGCCAUGGAUUCAGAUGCAGCUGGAUUUUUUGGUACCGCGACCGCAACCGAUCACCAACUUCUGGGCGCUCACGAGACCUUUCUCGGUGGAUUGUUGGAUACUUGUGAUAUGCAUGUUGUUUGUUAAGAGCAUAUACAUGUAUACACGUGCUAGGCUCGAUCCCAAAUUUCCGAAACGUUUUCGGAGCUUUUUCGGUACAAUUACGGAAUUAAUCGGUCGUUUAGUGGGCACGUGGGUGCCCCGAAACACCACUAACGCUAGAUUCGAAUUACAUUUAUGGCAAACUACAGCAUUCCUGCUGGUAACCGCUUAUUGCAGCAGUCUUGCAGCAAGACUCACGAGUUCGGAAUACGAGGCCAGGAUUGAUACGGUACGUCAAUUUCUCGAGGCUAACUUGUCAUGGGGUCAUAUGGGGCCAGUGCCAUACUGGCCUGAUUACUUUGAUAUGGAUGAUCCUUACACGAGCCAAUUGCCGUCGAGAUACACUCCCGUGCGUGAUCGAGAGGCAUAUAUACAUACGUUAAUCAAAAAGGGUCAAUUCGCCAUUUUCGGGAAAAUCAUAGACUCGAUAUUCUUUCCCGAGGAUGAUAUUUUCAAUGAGGAUGUUAAAGGUUACAGGCUCAUGAAAGAAAAAGUGGGCAAUUACUAUUCGUCUUUUGCUGUCCAACCGUGGCUGUUACGACCUAUUGACACGGUAACGCUAUGGAUAAAGGAAUCAGGCAUUGCUCGCUUUCACCUCAACGACGUUAUUCACCGAAGGACUAGUUUGACCCUUAGGGAAGUCCUUAAGGAAUACGACGGUCUCAAUGGAAACUUUACAGUCCUCGGACUGACACCAUUAGGCGCCGGAUUUACAGCACUCAUCAUUGGCCUCCUAACAUCAACAAUGAUAUUUUUCUACGAGUUGAAACAAGCCGCUGAUUCACGAUCGAUUCGCGAGGUGAUUCGAGAUAUUCAACGGAAGCGGAAAAUAAGCAAACUGUCGGUUUAUAAAAAGAAAUCUCGGAGAGAAGUUGAACUAAUGGAUUACGAUUCAAGCGACAAAAGUUUCGAUUCAUUUGCGAUAAAGUCUGCUAGUUACAGCAAGUACUGAAUUUGUGCGAAUAUUUAAUGACGAGAUUUUUUUAAAAAAACUUAUAUAAUAAGUAAAUAAAGUAUAUGUAACAUUUAUUUUUAGAGUGGUAAAUUAACACUACAUGUAUGUAUACGAUGUUUACGAAAAAAGAGCGCAUUUUGGAACAAAAUACCAAUAAAAUAAAAAAUAUAACGUGUAUUAAGGUAACUGAUAACUUCAGUAAACAUUCUAAUUUACACUAAAUUCGAAUAAAGUGCUACUUAUAAGUAAAGCUUGCGUUAAUAGACAAACUGAUACGGAAUUGCUAUUGGAAAAAUACUUCCUUUUCUUUUCAUCUCCACCUUUCUUUUUACUCAUCUCUACUUUGUCUCCUAAUUUUGUUUUUCUGUCUGACAUUAGUCGAGUCAUGUUCAAACGACAAUUUUCUACGUUAUACCAUUGUGUCCAAGAAAUCUUUUCGUGUGGUGUGCAACUCUUUUUUUCAUAUGAUUUUUAAAUUAAUUUCUAACCCAUUCACUUACAGCCCAUUUCUGUGCCACGAGAAUUCUUCCUUGCAUGAAGCAUUUUUAACUUUUUUACGAACUGCGUUUAAAAUUCAUCUUAUCUCAUAAUGAUCUUAUAUGAAAAGCGAGCGGUGCGAGAGAAAUUUUGAAGAGUCACGUCGCAUAGCGACAAUAUUUAAUUCCAUCCAUAGCUGAUUGAAUUAUGAUACAUUGUCAUUUAAUAUGUCAUUUAAAACAGACUUAUGACACGCAACACUGCACCGCUAGCAAAUUCCGAUACAAUUCGGAGUCCCGCAUACCACGCAUUUAA